AAAGUUUAAAAAACAUCGCCACAUUGGCUCAGGCGGCCACACUGGUUACUUGCAUUUUGACUGGAAAAAAAACUGCAUUAAAAAUUGGCACUAAAAAGUACUCGACACUAUGGAGAAUGCCGACGUAGGCAGCGCUUGUGCCGCUGCGCAGAAGCGCCGCUUCUCGGCUAGCAAUAGCCCGGCCCAAGAUACGGUCGUCAAACCAUCGCCGCCUGAAACUGCACCAGAGCAGCCACAAACGAAACAGCGCCGAAAGGGGGAGCCGCAGUUACCGGAGGAAUGGUUUUCUGAUUGUAACCUAAUGGAGCUCUGCGAUGAAGUCCUCUAUGAGAUCUUCAAGUACCUGGACACGCCCUCUAUUAUGGCCGUGAUGCACUGCUCGCCGCGCUUAGAAAAUCUUCUGCUGGACCACCGAUUUUGGCACCGAAUUGAUCUCAGCAAUGGGCCGCUGCCCAUGGGCAUCCUCGAAGAGAUUCUUGGACGCGCCACGGAAAAGACGCACACCGUAAAAAUUUGCGGUCCUCCAUCAUCGCAGCAUGUGGCGGGCGAGGGUCGCCAGUUCACUUUGACCCUAAACUCUGUCUUCCCUAAAGUGGCCACGCAGCUUAAAGUACUGGAGCUGCAGGGUGUUAGCCUGGAUUUCGAAUAUAUACAUAUAUCCGAAUUUCCAUCCUCGCUGAAACGCCUUCUGUUGAAAGAUUGCAGCGUGAAAGUUGGCAACAUGGUUAAGAGUAUAUUCCACACCAUAGAGAUGCAGCUGGUGGAUCUUGAGGAUCUCGGUAUAGAAGAUAACGACUGGUUUGAGCCCUACUACAUUAUGGCCUUGUCCAAGUUGCCAUCUUUGCGGCGCCUUAGUCUCAAGGGUUGCCAAAUGCUCUGCAAGUUUGUGCCCUAUGGUAGCAUGGCCGCUCGUUUUGGUUUUCAGAAACUGGAGGUUUUAGAUUUGCGUUUGACGCCUAUCAACAAUUCGGAUCUUCAGUGCUUCAGUGCAAUUGAGAAUCUUAAAGAGUUGCGUUUAGAGUCGCCCCCUAAUAUGACUACCGAACCUCCUAAUGCGCAAAAAGCGAACAAUGGCAACGUUAAUGACGAGGCUGCUCCCUCGCAGCCGGAACCGCUUAAAGUGCUUAAUGACGACGAGCCUUCCACCUCACGGGCAGCAUUGGAGCACAUGCGUGCGGCAAAGAUUGCGCAAAACAGAGAACAAGCUGAAGCGGAAGUUGCAAAUUGCGAAAACAGCAACGAAAAAAAGGAUCAAGCGCCCUCUUCUGCACCCUCUCCUGCACCUGCAGCAUCAAGUUCCCGAGAACCAUUAGCGAAACGUAUUUCUGGCUAUUUGGAAUCCGAGGACGAAGACACCUCUUCUACUUCGGCUUCAUCGUCCGACAAAUCUGAAAGCGCGACAUCACAAAGCAAUGGUCAGAAUGGUGAGGCUCCCGUGCGGCCACCGCUGGUUGUCUUAGAAUUACCCGGUAUGGGAGCCCGUCUUGUUCGACCUGAACAACCAGAACAACCGGCGGCCGAUGCAGAUAAUGCAGAAAACCCAGAGGCAGCUGGUCAGGACGCCAGACCUCUGCCUCGCGCAUACAUCUAUGUGCCCGAAGCAGACCCCGUUGGCGGAGAGAAUCCACAUCCGCCACGAAAUCUUGUUUCCCUUCUAGAUCAAGUGGCGGAUCACUUGCGAAACUGGCGUGGCAACAACCCAGCACACAGUCAUUUCAUGCCGCGGCGCGAUCAGGUAAUCUACAUGAAUCCUCAAGGCGCCAGGGAGCAUAUGGUCUUGAUGCACACGCGCCGUCAUCGAACGCAGCAGCGCGGAAACAUCGAUCAGGUGGUGAACCACCCGAUGUUCUGGAAUAUGUUGGAUCCCCUGGAUCGUGAAUAUGCUCGGCGUGUACGCCAUCGUCCACCACCCUGUACAACUCCGCCUCAGUACUAUGUCUCUGAUAGAGCGAUUUACAGCUUUGGAAGGGCGGCGCGCCCCGUAGAACCAGACGUGGUAUGGAUACGGCAUAUAAAUCGUUCACCCAACAACCGCUUGGAGAGACUUUCUCUACGAAACUACCACCAUAUUACUAAUCAUACACUCGAGCACUUGGUGCAGUGUUCUCCUAAUUUGGUGUACAUCGAUGUGAGUGGCACCAGCAUAACGUUAUCCGGAUUGCGUCGCUUUAAGAGCAGCAAACCCGAGUGCGAAGUGGUGGCUACCCACUUGACGCCGGAUGAUAAAAACGACGAAGGCGACGAAAUAAUUGUGUCGGGAGAUGAAUCACCGGAUGAUAAAAAUGAUAAUCAGCCACCACAGUCGCCACCACCUCCGCCAGAGUUGGCGGCUCCAUAAACGUUUAGUAUUGAAUGUGCUUUGUUUUGUAUUUCGUAAAUAUUUUCCUGUCGCGAUGGUCCGUGAUGAAAUAAUUUUUAGCAAGACGACAAUGACGACAACAUGGCCAAGCCGAUAAACCACAACGCUGGCUACAAGCGAGUGCUGUAGCUCCAGUCAACUAGUAUUAAUUUACAAAAUAAUCAAGCCCUUGUACUAUACGCCAGGCUCAUUGCAUUGUAUAAACCCAGAAGUCCAAGAAACCAAUCUCCUCUUAGUUAGGAAUAAAAUAUCGCGUGAUCCAUAUGGUAUACGUCUAAAGAAA